GGGCCGGGUUUUGGGGCGGGGCGGCGCGGUGGCCGAGCGGCGGCAGCGGCGGCAGAGGUCUCGCCAGUCCGGACAGGAGUGGGUCAAAGGCGCAGCCUGAUCCCGCCAUGGAGCAGCCCAGGAAGGCGGUGGUGGUGACGGGGUUCGGCCCUUUUGGGGAACACACUGUGAAUGCCAGCUGGAUUGCAGUCCAGGAGCUGGAGAAGCUGGGGCUCGGUGACAGCGUGGACCUGCAUGUGUAUGAGAUUCCAGUGGAGUACAAGACAGUCCAGAGGCUCAUCCCAGCCCUGUGGGAGAAGCACAGUCCACAGCUGGUGGUGCAUGUGGGGGUGUCAGGCAUGGCGACCACAGUCACGCUGGAGAAGUGCGGGCACAACAAGGGCUACAAGGGGCUGGACAACUGCCGAUUCUGCCCCGGCUCCCAGUGCUGUGUGGAGGAUGGGCCUGAAAGCAUUGACUCCAUCAUUGACAUGGACGCUGUAUGUAAGAGGGUUACUACACUGGGCCUGGAUGUGUCAGUGACCAUCUCACAAGAUGCCGGCAGGUACCUCUGCGACUUCGCCUACUAUACCUCUCUGUACCAGAGUCACGGCCGCUCAGCCUUUGUUCACGUGCCCCCUCUGGGCAAGCCCUACAAUGCAGACCAGCUGGGCCGGGCACUUCGGGCCAUCAUCGAGGAGAUGCUGGACGUCCUAGAGCAGUCAGAAGGCAAACUCAACUGUUGCCACAAACACUGAUUGCUGCUCACGCCUCCCAAGACCUCAUUCUGCCAGGGACCCUGAGAGAGACGUCCGCCCUCCGGGGCCUGACCGGAAAGGACGAGCCCAUCAGCUGGGGAUCUGUUUUGGAUCAAAUAUGCCAACUUACACACCUCCUCUCCCUUUUUCUCUGCAAAAGCACUGGUUGAUUUGAAGGCCGCAGUGAAGAUUUUUUUCUCUAUUUCUCUUUGCAUCUGGGGAUACAGCUGUGGCAGCCAGGAAGCCGGGAGGUCCUGAUUUCUGCAGAGAACCCCUAUCAGGUGUCUCUCUUCCGUGAUCCUAUGGCUGGGGCUACCUGCCAUUCUAAGUCUGUGGUGGAGGGAUUCCAGAGUUCCCUCCGUCUGUGACAGUUUUUUCCCAAAUGUAAAAGCCUCAUGGAGACUCUUUACCCGAUCCAUGUCCCAGCAGCCUGGACAGCCCCGGCAAGGGCCGCCUUGGGAUCUGGCAUGGCUUUUUUUCUUUCUUUCUUAUUCUCUUUUUAAAAACAAUAGUGCUAGUUUGGGCACAGAGUAAUUUAUAUUCCCUUUGGUUAAAACGCGGGCUUUAGCCAAACACAAAA